AUGCCGCUCCAGAGACUGACAAGUGCAUUGGAUGACGACAGUGGUUCAACCGCCGGCCAGGCGCCCGCUUCUGGAAGUCUGUUCGGAUCGACUCAGCAAACCGCGAAUAAUGCUUCCACUCCUAAGCCCGGUGGGCUAUUCGGCACCACUACCACCAAUACGCAGCAGCAAUCGCAACCGACCACCUCACUCUUCGGUGCUGCCCCAACCAACGCUGCGGCCCAGCCUGCUGCCCAGACUACACCGAGCCUCUUCGGAUCAGCUCCCCAGUCCCAGAUUCAGACUCAGACACAACCUCAAACCCAGACCACCGGCAGUUUAUUUGGAAAUGCCAACGCGUCAACUGGUCAGACAACCGCGGGCACAGGGGGAGGUCUAAGUUUAUUCGGUGGCGCCUCUAAACCUGCCCAACCUGCCAACAAUGCUACGGGGAAUAAUUUGUUAGGCGCAACCACCCAACAGCGGCCCAGUCUUUUUGGUCUUGGCCAGUCGACUCAAAACCCGUCCAAUACACUUGGCCAGCCGCAGCAACAACAACAACAACAACAGCAGCAGCAGCAGCAGCAGCAAUCUACCGGCGGUUUAGGCGGUGGUCUUGGCUUCGGUUUGACCAUGGGCCAACCCAACGCUCAGCCUACCGUCCCUGGUGUGCGCAUUGAUAUCACCAAUAUCAAGGGUACUACACGAUUCAAUGAUUUGCAAGAAGACAUCCAGAAGGUCAUUGAGCAGGCCGACAAUUUUAUCGCAGAGCAAGUGCGAAGGAAAGAGGAAGUCGAUUCCUUCAUGUCUGGUCACCGCGAGAUGCUUGAAACCAUCCCUGACGAUGUUACCUUCGUCACAAGAAAGUAUGAUGGCGCUCGAAAUGCCUUGGAAGCUGCCGCUCAAUCCAUUGAGGCCGCCCGUAUUCUAGUUAAUCAGGAUGCCGACAACGCUCGUCUGAGUUUUAGAGCCAUAGAUAAUCUCAAACUCCCACAGCAGUAUCAUACAUCGGGCUUCUGGUCGCCGAGGCAGCAAGCCUCUGGAAAUGCGAACGCCGAGACAGACGGCCAGGAUCUCGUAGGCUUCUUCUCUAAGGCGGCCGAUGAGAUGAGUGAGCAGGUGAAAAAGUACGAGGGAAACCUGACCGAGAUCGAAUCACACAUGCAUGGAGUCCACGAUACUUUGGUUGAGCAACUGCAGCGAAUGAUGGCGACGAAGAACGGUGGCUCUUCCGGAACGGACGCAAGGAUUCAGGAGCUGGUCGCUGUCUUGAGAGAUUUUGAGCAGGGAAUUCUGAGGGUGGCAGGCGAUGUUGGAAGUGCCAGAGAAGGCGUGACCCGACUGCAGCUGGGUGAUUUCAUGACCAAUGACCGCGAUACGAAUGGUGUAUAUUAG